AUGCCUUUCCCUUGUGAUAUUUGUGGAACGCGUGAUCUUUGCGAUAGGCAUGAAAAGCGCCCUCAUAAAUGCGACGACGACGGAAGUGAGAAGAGUUAUGGCAGAAAGGAAAACCUGGACCGUCAUCGACGGAAAAAGCACCAGAAAGAUAGGGAUUGCAACGAGGUCGAGGAGUAUGCCCCAGACUUGACGAACGAGUCUCUCUCUACGCCCCAGAACUCCUCUAUGGCUGGACUCCCCCAUAAGAUGCCUUUCACGAACCCAAAUUCCUCAAACAGGCUCGUAUAUCACGCUGAUGUUGAAUCGCAAGUCCACGACUACCGUAUGCCACAACACCAUGGCAACCAACAAGGGCCUCCCGCCAAUCUUUCUUACGACUAUCAAGAUACUUUAGUUUCCGAGCAAUCCCCAGACUUCCAACUAUUCAAUCAGCCAUCCUAUGUCACGGAGGUAGGAAAUCCAGGUGUUGCUACCGUCACAAACCCCACAUUAACUCAUUAUCAAAUAUCACAGAGAUCAGAAAACCCUCUCACGGAUACUUCUUGUUUGGCUCCAGAAAUGACGACAUCAACUCAUGACUACCCGAGCACAUUUCAUGCGCCACAAGGCCACAACUCCAUGCUCCCAGACAGCGCUGACUUCAAUUCAAUGAUCGCUUGA